AUAUUAUUAUUUAAAUUUAUAAAUAGAUUAGCAGCCUUCCAGUAUCUUAUUAAUAAGAUUCUUAUAAACUUCCUGGAUAAGUUUAUUAUAGUAUAUAUAAAUAAUAUAUUAAUCUUUAAUAAAAAUAAAAUAAAGUAUAAGUUUUAUAUUUAUUAA